AUGUUUAGAGAGGAUAUAAUUGUUGGUGACGAUAGUUCAAGUAAUAAUAGUAAUAAUAAUAAUAAUAAUAAUAAUAAUAAUAAUAAUAAUAAUAAUAAUAAUAACAAUGUAAACGUUACAACACCAAGAACAAUAGACAAUAUGGACGAUUUUGAAGAAGAAGAAAUCAACUCUAAUAAUAAUAAUAAUAAUGAUGAAGCAUCUCCACUUUUAGUUCAUUCUAUUACUUCUCAUCCUCCUCCUCCUCCUCAUUCUAAUAUGAUGAAAAAAGAAACAACAUCAUGGUUUUUAUAUUUCUCUUACAUUAGAGUUUGGAUACAAUACUGGAGUCAUUUCACCUACGAUCAUCUUUAUCCAAACACAAUUUGA